AUGUCGCCUGACGAGAUCCAAGCGCGGUUGAGCGAGCUCUUCUGCCCUCCGCUGGAUACGACGCUGGUCGCUGCGAUAGCCUACGAACCAAACCAGACUCUUCAGAGUGCCAAAGAGGUGUGCGAGACCCUAGCCGCUGCAGCCGUGCCCGAUGCCGAGGAUACGCCUAGCUUCUUUGCCUCUGACGAGGAUGCUUCCCCCUUCACUGAGCCGCCAACAGGAGCUUCAGCGAGACGCAAGGCCUUCGGAGGUAAAUUGACUACCAGCGAUGAAGUCAAAGACACAAUCACCCGCGAUCUGCCUACGAAGAGCAGCACCGCAGCGACCCCCUCUACCAGCAGCUCCUCAACCUCAUCCCCCUCCACAGCCGCCGCCGACGCAGCAACUGUAGAACGCCUGCUCAGCGAAUGGUCGCUCUUCGACCAGUCCUCCCAAGACCCCGAAAACUUGCACCUCACAGACGAAGAGACGGGCACUUCCGACUCGGAGCACUUUGACGACAGUGAACCCGGACACAAACUCCUCUCUUCCUCAAAGGACGCCGCGGCUCGUUUGAUCGAGGCAGAAAAGAACGAGGCGGAACGCGUAGGUGAGCUGUCUGGCUCCCACACAGUUGAUCCUGGAGCGGUUGCUGCCGGCGAAAGCAGCCUCAACAGAGGAAGCAAGUGGACACACGAAGACACUUUUGACCCGGUAGUAUUUCUCCAGCAUGCAUUUCCAGCGCGUACAGUCGAGUUCCUCAGAGAGACGCUGGCAGACUCGCACGGAGAUGUACAAACCACGGUGGACACGAUCAUGACGAUCGACUUGAUCGAAGCAGAGGAUGCACGCAAUGCCACUGCUGCACAGCUCGACUCGAUUGGGUCGUCUGGUACGAGCACCCCGCGCAAAGGUGGGGGUUUGGAUUACGAGGCACUUGCGAACGGCGUUUCGAGCACGUGGGAGGAUCCUCACCUCAAGGGUAAGAAACGUCGAGCUGCACGCAAAAGGCUGCAGCAGGAACAACGGUCGGCAGCGAAUGGCCUGCCCUUGGCUGCCAUCGACACCAAGCAGAAAGCCAGUAAAGUCACCGUGAACCUCACCGACGUGCGACACGGCGGUCCCUCCUCCAAUGUGCUCCUAAAAAAGGUGCAGCAGCAACAAGCACCGUCGAGAUCACGCGCCGCCUCCCCACUUCCGCAACUGACCGACGAGCAACUCGCAGCCAAGCUCGCAGCCGAAGAAGAGGAGGCGGCCAGAGACCCAGACGCCGACCGAGCCGUAUCGGACAACCAGUGGCUGCUCACCUCGUCGGUGCUCUCGCAGCUGUCUACACUGCUCGACAUCGAACCCACCCAGGUGACGUCCGUGUACAACGCGUCGUCCUUCAAGCUGGCCGUCUGCUUUGCACGUCUGCUCGAACAAGAGUCCGACAAGUACCCUUCGUUGACGAGCCUGGACGAAGCGGCAGACGCACCGGCAGGUACAGCGGAGCAGAUUGCUGAGGGGAUCGCCGCGAUCGGGGGCAUCUCGCAGUCUGCAGCCAGCAAAGCUCUCCGCGCUACCAAGGGCAGACAGGACGCCGCAAUAGAUCUGCUCCAAUUGCAGCUCCUUGUGCAGCGCGAGGUGGGCGAGGCAGACGCACUCGAUCCCAUGGGCAGACUUUGGGAGCUUGGUGCGGCCGAAGUGCCCAAGAGCGCCGAAGCCGCCAACGCACGUGGCUACGCAGUCCACGCAACAUCCGGCCAAGGCACCUUCGGACGCACUUUCCCCACACCUUCACAAGCUGCCUCUUCCAGAUCCACAUCAACCAACGGAGCCGGUAGCAUCUACUCCAACGUCGUCGGUCGCAAAACCCCAGGCCCCGUCUCUGGCGCGGCAGCAGCGCUGCGGUCCGGCUCUGCGGCUGCAACCGUCUUCCCCGCCAGCUCGGCGUUUGUUGGCGCUUCGGCCGCCGAUAACCUGUUGGAUGACCCAGUGGCUGUCGAACGGGGCCUCGCAUCGCACACUACGCACUACGACCCCGUACGUCGCAUGGCCGAGUAUCGCCUGGUUGCAGAAGAGUACCGCACGCGUCGCGACGACGCGCUGCGCAAAGCCGCGUCUGCGUGGAAGACGCAGCGCGGCGGUGUGCGCACGGGUGGCAAGGGCGGAGACGGUGGGCGCGGAGGCAUCGCUUGGCAUUAUGCGGACGAAGCGCGGCGUCUCGACGCCAAAUCUCGCGCCUGGUCCCUUCGCGCGUCGCAGGCGUUGGUCGAGGAUCGUCGCCGCGCUGCCGUUGGCGUGAUUCGGCCGGGCACGCAGCCGACAGCCACGCAUACAGUGGCUAGCAACACGAUAGAUCUGCACGGCGUGACGGUGCACGAGGCGCUGUCCAUCGUACGAGAGCAGGUGACGCGGUGGUACGCCAGGCCGGGAUCGGGCAUGAACCCGCCGCCGUUCAAGAUUGUGACGGGCGUGGGCCGACAUUCGCCGCACCAGAUUGCGGUGCUUCGACCGGCGAUUGCAAAGAUGCUCGACAGGGAGGGAUGGAGAUACGACGUGGAUCACCAGCGCGGAUACAUUACCGUACGUGGCACGAAGUAG